UGCUGCCUCCCAGAGAGAAACAGGGUUCAAAACAGCUAGCCGGACUGCGACUCAGUGGGAGCAAGAGGCAGGGUAAAGCGGGAAAAUGGCUUUUUCGGGGGAUCUGAGGGUCUCUGCAACACUGGCUUUCUACCACAAGCACCCUCUUCCAAGCUCUUUGUCCUCAAAGGUGGACUUUGCCAGUUUCCUGAAUGGAGGUUCGAGCGUAACUGAAAGCACACGCAAGUGGCCUUGCAUGGCCUUUGAUGGCGAUAAAGUACAUGGAAAAUUGUUUUCUGGAAUCACUGGAGACUACAAGUUGUCUUCAGAUACUGCUAGCAAUAAAGCUGAGAGCUUUCUCCUCAGUGCCAUAAACAUGAAUUUCUUUGAGCGUUUGAAUUUGGCUUGGAAGAUAGUAUUCCCACCACCAGCAUCAAGGAGGAGGUCAAAUGCGUGGACCGCCAAGCAGCGCUUGAAGAUGAUUCUCUUCUCUGAUCGUUGUGCUGUAAGUGAUGAGGCAAAGCGGUUGAUUGUGAAGAAUAUUGUUCAAGCUUUGUCAGAAUUUGUGGAGAUAGAAUCACAGGAUAAAGUCCAACUCAGUGUCUCUACCGAUUCAGAUCUAGGAACUGUUUACUCUGUGACAGUGCCUGUCGGGCGAGUGAAGCCUGAGUAUCAAGAUGCUGAAGAGAUUGGAUCAAUAACAAACAUAGAGUAUAAAGAUACAGGAGAAAGUUCUGGUUCCGUUGAUGUCCGGUUCGACUUCUACGUCCCUGAUGAAAAGCCUUGGUGACAUCUAGGCUUUAAAGAAACUAAAAGUUAGAAAAGUAAAAGUGUUCUUAAUGUAGUUGAUUUGCUUGUCUGUUGUUGGAACUGUUGCAAGAGAGUUAACCAUGAAGUUCUGUGUAUAUACGAAAUUUCGUGUAAGGUUAUUGAAGAUUUUGCUUGAUUUG